CGCGAAAAGACGAUUCAUUCUUUCCGUCCUUACCAGAUCUCACGAGUCUUUACGUGGACCAAUCAACUCCAGGCUUCCUUUUUUACCAUCACGGAAUCGAGAGCGUGGCUGAAAGAAAGGCACGUUUCUAUUUUUCGCCGUCUUCGUCCGGCGCAGGCGGACCCAAAAAAAUCGACAAGAUAACAGAUACAUCAAGCAUGACGCGGCCAGCCAGUGUCAAUAUGCACACCGUCAUAUUAAUCAUCCGGACAACAUCCGUUUCGGAUUCGACCCCAAAGCGAAUCUCUAUCUGGCGAUCAGCCAACAUGCGUAUGAAGGAUCUACUUUGCGCGGAGGACGACCACGUGAGAAUAUCAAAUAAAUAUGUUUCCGCCUACCUACGUCGAGGGUUUUCACGACCCCGAAGCGGUGAAAGCCAUGGAAUACAAAGAGCUCGGGAAAACGGGGAUGCUCGUAAGCAAAUUAUCUUUUGGCUGCGGCCCGCUCGGCUGUCAUUACGGCACGUAUAACGAGGUGGACGCUAUCGAAGCUAUACGUCAAGCAAUAAAACAGGGUGUCAAUUAUAUCGAUACGGCACCGUGGUAUGGCCAAGGCCGAUCCGAGACGAUAGUCGGCAAGGCGUUAAAGGGGAUUCCGCGCCAGGCUUAUUACAUCGCGACGAAAGUUGGCAGAUACGAGUUAGAUUACGACAAUAUGUUCGAUUUCACCGUCGAGAAAACUCGAAAGAGCUUUAAGAAGAGUUUGGAAUUGUUGGGACUGGAUUACGUUGAUGUUAUUCAGGUUCACGAUAUCGAAUUUGCGCCCUCGUUGGACGUGAUAAUCACACAAACCUUGCCGGAGCUGUCGAGACACGUGGCCGAGGGCAAGGCCAGGCACAUAGGUCUAACCGCGUAUCCGGUGUCCGUAUUAAAGAAAUGCAUCGAAAGGAGCAACAUAAAUGUAGCAUGCGUGUUGAGCUACACGAGACUCACUCUCAUCGACGACACUCUGCUGGAGUACGUUCCAUUCUUCAAGGAGCACAAGAUCGGUCUAAUUAACGCCGCCGCGCCGAGUAUGGGUCUUCUAACGAGCAACGGUCCACCGAGCUGGCACCCGGCCUCCGACGAGACGAAGGAACAAUGCGCGAAUGCCGCACGAUACUGCAAGGAACGCGACGUGGAACUCGGCAAACUGGCGGUAUGGCAUUCCAUGCGGUGCGCAGACGUGGACACAAAUUUGGUUGGAAUACAAAGCACGAAGCAGUUGCAGAUGAAUCUGGAUGUAGCGCGAAACGGCAUUACGGAGAAAGAGAAGGCACUGUUGCGAGAGAUUCAAGAGAAGUUUCUGUCGGUGGUGAAGAACCAACACUGGGAAGGUGAAGAGGUCCGCACAUACCGGGAAGCUACUAAAAAGAAGAUAUGAGAAAAAUAUAUUUUUAUUUCUUUAUAUCAUUAUUAUAUCCGUUUUAUAUGUCACUUAUAGAAUUCUAUAAUGUGUAUAACAAUAUCUGGAAUACCUAACAAACAUUUCGUAAAAAAUAA